AUGCUUCUCAUGAUGAUGAUACAGAAUGUUCUAAUUAUUCAUAGGCUUGUACAGUUGCAAGAGCAGGUGGAUGUCAAGUUAGAACUGCUUGUUCAUUAUAUAAAUCGUCAUUAUAAUGUAAAUUAGAUAUGA